AUGCUUAUGAAGCAUCUCCGGUUGGCCACCUCCGCUGGAGCGCCGAUCAUUUCGAUCGGACCUGCGUGUUGCGUAUUCUGCGUAUUCGACGCAUCCAACGUCUCUUUGCAACCCUCCCUUUCGUUGAAGUCUACUAUCAUGGCUAUUGAGUAUCUGGACGGCCAGAUCCUGGUUCGGGGCAUUGCGGUGACUUUGAUCCUCGUUCUUGUAUGCCAGUUCUUUAGGGACCUCGCAGAUGGCUUCCCCUACUGGAAUAUCCCCAUCAUAGGACGAGGUAGAUGGGAGCUUUCCAACGCCAAAGCCAAAGAGCGCUAUGUCAGCUCGGCCAAAGAACUUGUUGAGCAAGGUUUUAGUGAGGGCAAUACAGUGUUCCAAAUGAUGUUUGACCAUGCUCCGGUGAUCGUUUUGCAUCCAUGCUAUAUCGAUGAAAUCAAAAACAGCCCACAUCUGAGCUUUACGGAGUCUAGUAAGAAGAUGUUUUUUGGUGUUAAGAUCCCGGGGUUUGAGCCCUUUGAUGGAGGUGACGACAAAUAUAACCUUGUUCGCGAAAUGGUCGGCAAAAAACUUACGUACCAGGUCCUUGGAAGCCUUAUUUUUCCUCUAUCAAGAGAAACAGCUGCUGUGCUGAACGAAAAUUUACCCAAAUCCAAUGAGUGGCAACCGUUCAUACUGGGGCUGGAAGUCCCGUACAUCGUUGCUCGAUUGUCUUCCUUGGUCUUCCUAGGAGAAAAUAUCUGCCGCGACAAGGGCUGGCUGAACGUCUCGGUCAAUUAUGCAACCGAUGGAUUCCAUGCUGCUCGCAAUCUUAGACUCUGGCCGGCAAUCCUCCGACCAUGGGUGCACUGGUUCAUGCCAUCGAUGCAGAGGCUCCGGAAGCAUAUCGUGGUUGCUAAUGAGAUCAUCCAACGGGAGAUGCACAGAAGAGACAUGAUCCGCCAAGGCAAGGUGCUCGAAAAUGACCAUUCCAGGAUGCAUGAAGAUGCUUUGGAUUGGCUUGCAGAAGUUGCCAAUGGACGGCCAUUGAAUAUGACACGGUCCCAGAUAUCAAUGUCUCUAGCUGCCAUCCACACCUCGUCUAAUCUAGUGCUGAACAUCAUGUACGACUUGAUAGCGUAUCCAGAAUACAUCCAGCCGCUGAGAGACGAGAUAAAAGCUGUCCUGGAGGAAGACGGUGUGUUGAAGAAGAGCAGUCUCUUGAAGAUGAAGAAGUUGGAUAGCGUCAUGAAGGAGACCCAGCGACUGAACCCCGUUAGUCUAGCUUUUCUUAACCGGAUCGCAACCGAAGACAUUACGCUUUCCAACGGGACUCAUAUUCCCAAAGGUGCCACUCUGACUGUGUCAGCCCAUACGAUGCAAGAUGAGGCAGUGUACCCGAACGCGAACACCUACGACGGCUUCCGAUUCUACAACAUGCGUCAGAUCCCGGGUAACGAGCAUCGGUUCCAGCUGGUGUCGACGAGCCCGGAACACCUUGGCUUCGGUCAUGGCCUGCAUGCAUGCACCGGCCGAUUCUUCGCCGCCACUGAAAUCAAAAUUCUCCUCAUCCACCUGCUGAUGAAAUACGAUUGGAAAUUUGCCGACAGGACGGGGCGACCGAAAUCGUUCAUGUAUGGAAUGGAGAUCAUUGGCGACCAGACGGUGAAGUUGCUGUACAAGGCGCGACAGCCUGAGGUUGACCUCGCUAGGCUUGGUGAAGGGAUCCUUGAAUAA